GAUAUUAAUGAAUGAUGAAUGAAUCAUCAUUCAUUAUAUUUUUCUGAAACCAUGACUCCAUGAUCCAUCAUCAUCUUUAUCGAUUCACCCACAUUACUCACUUACCUUAAAAACUAAUUCUCUCUGAAAACAAAAAAAAACAACCUUAAAAUCUUUCGACAAUGGCUGGGAAUGAGUGGAUUAAUGGAUACUUGGAAGCGAUUUUAGAUAGUGGAGCUGGGAUUGAUGAUGCGAAACCAGCAGCGCCAUUAGGAGGACACUUUAAUCCGACUAAAUAUUUUGUGGAAGAAGUUGUUACUGGUGUUGAUGAGACUGAUCUACAUAGAACUUGGAUUAAAGUUGUUGCUACUCGUAAUGCUCGUGAACGUAGUUCUAGGCUUGAGAAUAUGUGUUGGAGAAUUUGGCAUCUAGCUCGAAAAAAGAAACAGUUGGAGUUGGAAGAUGUUCAAAGAUCGACGCACAGGAGAUGGGAACGGGAGCAAGGUCGGAGGGAUGCGACAGAAGAUAUGUCUGAAGAUCUGUCUGAGGGUGAAAGAGGGGAUACAAUUGGAGAUAUGGUGUCUACUCCAAGGAAGAAAUUCCAGAGAAAUUUAUCCAAUUUAGAAGUAUGGUCUGAUGAUAAUAAAGGAAAGAAACUUUAUAUUGUUCUUAUCAGUUUGCAUGGUUUGGUCCGAGGAGAACAAAUGGAGCUCGGACGAGACUCUGAUACUGGUGGUCAGGUUAAGUAUGUGGUAGAACUUGCUCGUGCUCUUGCUAUGAUGCCUGGUGUAUACAGGGUAGACCUGUUUACGCGUCAAAUUUCCUCACCUGAGGUUGAUUGGAGUUAUGGAGAACCAACAGAGAUGUUAGCUUCUGGAGUGGAUGAUUCAGGAGAUGAAGUUGGAGAGAGCAGUGGUGCGUAUAUUAUAAGAAUACCCUUUGGACCAAGGGAUAAAUACCUCAGCAAGGAAUUGUUAUGGCCCCAUAUUCAAGAGUUUGUAGAUGGAGCGGUAGCUCACGUUCUUAAUAUGUCUAGGGUACUGGGUGAACAGAUAGGUGAAGGCCAACCUAUUUGGCCAUAUGUUAUUCAUGGACAUUAUGCAGAUGCAGGGGAUAGUGCAGCACUCCUUUCUGGUGCUUUAAAUGUCCCCAUGGUUCUUACUGGGCACUCACUUGGGAGGAACAAGUUGGAACAACUUCUUAAGCAAGGACGACAGUCAAAAGAGGAUAUUAACUCUACAUACAAAAUAAUGCGCCGGAUAGAAGCAGAGGAAUUGUCGCUUGAUGCUGCUGAGCUUGUUAUAACAAGUACAAAACAAGAAAUUGAUGAACAGUGGGGAUUGUAUGAUGGGUUUGAUGUGAAGCUCGAGAAAGUUCUGCGUGCGCGUGCAAGACGUGGAGUGAAUUGCCAUGGUCGAUUCAUGCCAAGGAUGGUUGUUAUUCCUCCUGGUAUGGACUUCAGCAGCGUUGAGGUUCAAGAAGAUCCUCCUGAAGCUGAAGGUGAUCUGACAUCGCUUAUUGGGGGUGAAGGGUCCUCUCCAAGGGCUCUGCCACCCAUUUGGGCUGAAGUAAUGCGUUUCCUGACAAAUCCUCACAAGCCGAUGAUCUUGGCCUUGUCAAGACCAGAUCCCAAGAAGAAUCUUACCACUCUGUUGAAGGCCUUUGGUGAAUGUCGCCCAUUAAGAGAGCUAGCUAAUCUUACGCUUAUAAUGGGAAACAGAGAUGAUAUAGAAGAAAUGUCCUCGGGUAAUGCAAGUGUGCUUACAACAGUAUUAAAAUUGAUUGACAAGUACGAUCUCUAUGGGCUUGUCGCCUACCCAAAGCAUCACAGACAAUCAGAUGUUCCAGAUAUCUAUCGUUUGGCUGCAAAAACAAGGGGAGUUUUUAUAAAUCCAGCUCUGGUGGAGCCUUUUGGUCUUACUUUAAUUGAGGCUGCAGCUCAUGGGUUGCCAAUGGUGGCUACUAAAAAUGGCGGUCCAGUUGACAUUCAUCAGGCAUUGAACAACGGAUUACUUGUGGACCCACAUGAUCAACAAGCAAUUGCAGAUGCACUACUAAAACUAGUAGCAGAGAAGACUUUAUGGCAUGAAUGUAGGAAGAACGGGUGGAAGAAUAUACAUCUCUUUUCGUGGCCGGAGCAUUGCCGCACAUACUUGACAAGAGUAGCAGCUUGUAGAAUGAGGCACCCACAGUGGCAAACCGACACUCCAGUGGAUGAUAAUGUUGCACAAGAAUCUCUUGGUGACUCACUUAGGGAUGUCCAAGAUAUGUCCCUUCGGCUCUCAGUUGACGGAGAGAAAACUUCGCUUAACGGGUCAUUGGAAUAUGAUCCAGCUGAGUUAGAGAAACUUAAAGCUCAAGGUGGUCCUGAGCUUCAAGAACAAGUGAAGAAUGUUUUAAGUAAGAUUCCUAAACAGGCUCCACAAGCUGAUGAGGGAAAGAAACAGCCUGAGAAUGUGCCGAACAAAUACCCUGCACUCAGAAGACGACGUAAGUUGAUAAUUAUCGCCCUAGAUUGCUAUAAUAAGGAUGGAUCCCCUGAGAACAAGAUGCUUCCAAUAGUACAAGAGAUAUUCAAGGCAGUCCGAUCAGAUGCUCAAACUGGGAGGUUCUCAGGAUUUGCACUCUCGACUGCUAUGCCGUUGUCCGAAACACUGGAUUUCUUGAAAUCUGGGAAGAUCCAAGUAACUGAAUUUGAUGUUUUGGUAUGUAGUAGUGGGAGUGAAGUGUAUUAUCCUGGCACUUACACUACAGAUGACGGAAAGCUCUAUCCAGACCCAGAUUACAUGUCUCAUAUUGAUUACCGUUGGGGUUGUGAUGGUCUAAAAAGGACUAUCUGGAAACUUAUGAACAUACAGGAAGGUCGUGGUGAACAUGAGAAGUCCUCUUCAAGUCCCAUUGAGGAAGACAAGAAAUCGUGCAACGACCACUGUGUCUCAUACUUGAUCAAAGAUCCUACUAGGGCAAAGAAAGUGGAUGAGAUGAGACAGAAGCUCCGGAUGAGAGGUCUCCGAUGUCAUCUGAUGUACUGCAGGAACUCGACAAGAAUGCAAGCCAUCCCUCUCCUUGCAUCCCGAUCACAGGCGCUCAGAUACCUCUUUGUUCGGUGGGGAUUGAACGUGGCAAACAUGUAUGUGGUUCUUGGCGAGACCGGCGAUACAGAUUAUGAAGAACUAAUAUCUGGGACCCAUAAAACUAUUAUAAUGAAAGGGGUGGUAGUAGGGAAAGGAUCUGAAGAGUUACUGAGAACAGUUGGAAGUUACAUGAAAGAUGAUAUUGUCCCAGGCGAAAGCCCACUUGUGGCACACACAAAUGCUGAAGCAAAAGCUGAUGAAAUCUCAAAGGCUUUAAAGCAGGUUUCAAAAGCUGUUGGUGGUAGAAUGUAAGAAAAAGAUAUAUUCUCAGUAUAGACGUCAAGGCAAGUAUAGUGUAAUUUUUAUUUUACUUUUUUCAAUCUGUUUUUUCAUUUUAUUUUGAUGAACUAUCGGAGAGUCUAAAUUUUGUUAGUUCUCCGAGCAUUUUCUGCCAAAAAUGGUAGUCAAAUUCUGAUUGUCUCGGUAAUCCGGAUGCUUUUGUUGUUAAAUAAUAUAUCAACAUUAUUUAAAACAUUCAAUGUGAUGUGCGACAAUAUUA